AUGAAAAGAAUAUACGAGUGUGGAAAUGGUGAGUAUUUAAUUGGAAAACCUUAUGGUUUGAACUGGGGGAUAUCUAAGGGAGUGGGAGAACCGGGGAGUCAUGUGAAUAAUACAAUAUUGAUGCAAAUUUAUGACUCUUCAGCCAUCCUUUCAGGAUUGAGAAAUGAAAUUCCAAAUUUUUCAGAGACAAAUGGCAGAAAUUUGAUGGGAAGCGAAGAUGAGAUGGUGUUGUUGAAUGAUUCUUCUAUAUCAUGGCUGUUUAAAACUUUGCGUGGUAGCUACCAGGAAGAUGAGAUCAAGUUUUUGAAAAGCCAACCGACAAAGAACAAUGUAAAAAGUACAUUUGGUUCUUUAGAUGAUGCAGUUGAUGAAAUUUUGGUUCCUGCUACUCAGCAUUCAGCUGUUAAUGGAGGAAGUGAUGUGGAAUGCACAGAUGCAAAAGAAGAGGAUUUUGAACAUUUUUCUGAUACAUUUGCUGACACUGAAGCCCCUUCACAUGUGUCUAUUUCAGCAGCUGAGACUGAAAACUUUAAGUCUACCAGUGAAACAUUAGACUAUACCAUUGAUUCCUUUGUUACUGCAACGGAAACUGAAGUGAGUUCAGGGUCAACAAUCGAGAGGCAAGAUAGUGAUGGCAGGAGGCAAUUUAGUCUUGCCUCAAUUUCUGAAGAUAUUGGCAUUACUAGCUUUAUCUUUGCUGCAUUUUCCUGUGCUCAAGCACCUGCUUUAUCAAGAACAGACAGGGAUAAGUGUGAAGCUGUUAAAGAAGAAGAGGUCGGGCAAGAAACUGUCUCUACUCCUUUUGCAAGCAUUGCAGCUCAAGAGGCCUGUGAGAAGUGGCGACUGAGGGGAAAUCAAGCCUAUGCAAAGGGGGAUACAACUAAAGCUGAGGACUGUUACACACAAGGGGUAAACAGUGUUUCUCAAAAUGAGACAUCUAGAAGCUGUCUUAGGGCUUUGAUGCUGUGCUAUAGCAACCGUGCAGCAGCACGCAUGUCUCUAGGAAGGAUGAGAGAAGCAUUAGAGGAUUGUAUGAGGGCUGCUGCAUUAGAUCCCAACUUUCUCAGGGUUCAAGUUCGAGCUGCAAAGUAAGCCUUAUCUUUUGACUGGUCUUUUUGUUGGUAUCCGAAUUGUUUUAGCUUUUGUGUUUUGACAAACAUGAAAUGCCAAAUUAAUAUGUCAACAGAUUUCUUGGUUCCUAAGAAUUUUAAUAUUG